UCUUUGGCAACCCCAUCUCUUUCUCAUAUCAUGAACUACAUUCGUGGUGCUGUCAGUGCAAUCAGCGCCCCAUACCAAUAUUACAAGGAAUUACCGCCAAUAAAUCCCUCGACGCUCACCGGUGCCAUUGAUGUCAUCGUCAUCCAGCGCCCAACCGACGAUGGCGGAACGGAACUUGCUUGCUCACCGUUUCAUGUACGAUUUGGAAAAUGGCAGGUACUCAGACCAGGAGAGAAAAAGGUGAACGUAAUGGUUAAUGGCCACUCGAUUCCAUUUAGUAUGAAGAUUGGAGAUGCUGGCGAGGCCUUCUUCGUUUUCGAGACUGACGACGACGUGCCAGACGACCUCAUCACAUCGCCUAUCCUUCAGCCCACACGGCCAGUUGGAGAAGCAAUGCCUGAAGCUCCCGGCAUAGGACUUUUUGCAGUGAAGGCCGAAUCAGACGAUGACGAGCUACCAAAAGAAGAGCCGGAUUACCUUGAUCUGGACGCCCAACCAGACAGCGACGAGAAACAACACAAGAAGACGCAGAGCUUGACGUCAUCAAGUUCUGUGACCAAGAAGCGGCCGUCGAGGCUGUCACUUUCUCAAGAACAUGCUCCAUCAAGAACAGACUUCAAAGAUACGACUGAGAAAGAGCAGAAUCAACGUGCUGAUGAGGUCCUGAAGAAGAAAUUGAGAAAUGGACCUGACCAUGUACCCGACGUCGCAUUUUCGAAUGGCAUCGCAUAUGAUAUAGAAGGUUAUCACUCUUCAAGCAAGCAUCACAGUACUCCGCACGACCGUGACAUCAAGUCUUCUGAUGCAUUCAAUGGCAUCAGGUUUCCUAGUUCUUCGAGAUCCUCCAUACCUUCACCGUCGCGGUCUGGAACUCCCGAAAAUGAGCCUACAUCCUACUCAUUUCCAUCCAUACGCGCGACUUCUGAGCCUCCUGAUUUUCCUGAACCGCCAAGCGACAUAACGAAGUCCAGUUCCUUGCCGCUUCCUUCAUCGUCAGCCCAAGAAUACUCUUGGGAGUGGGGUGCAUUUCCACAACCAUCGCCUCUGAAGACGACGUUUGGAAAGAGUGGACGCAUCGGCAGUGAUGACAAACCGACGACAUGGGGAAAGAGCCUAGGGAAGUCCAAGUCCCAGUCAAUUAGCGGUUUGGAGGCGGUCGAAGAGGGCGAGGUCCGGAGUAGAAGUGUGCCUCCAUUCUAUGAAGGGAAAGGAAAAGAGAAAGAACAGAGAGUUUAUGAAGAUCACGAUGACGAAGAGGUCACAGAAGAGAAGUAUGGUGCCGGUGGUAGACUGACUGUCAGCCAGUCAGAUCCAACAAAGUUUAGAGUGGCAAUAGAGGGUCGUCGGGUGCCGUUUGAGCUGAGUCUGGUCCAUGUUGAGGAAGACGAGAGGCGCGGUAGACGAAAUCGAGACGGUGCUGUUCCCGCUAUUCCCGACAAUACAGGCUAUGCCAUUGGUGUGGAUGAGGUUGAGUUUGAUAGACUGUUUGAAGAAGGAAAGAUUGAUCUUAAUACUUUCUUGGAUGACGAGAGCAUCAUUGACGAUCCGGCAUUGGUGAUCAAAUGGAAUGAGGGCCAAUACAUCAGACAUGGUGAUGGCUCACCUUUGGUGCAAGCUCUCAAGUUGUGGCGCAAUGGGUAUCUGCACCAACGCGACAUAGGAAUAAUACCUACCAGACCCUCUUCGCCGCUUUUGGAAGAUGAUGAGGCCAUAAAGUCAGGCAUGAAUGAUUCUUCUGGCAGUCCAGAAACGGCACAAGCAGGCAACCGAAAACCUCCAACAUCCUCAUCUUGGGCACAAUGGUGGAGCCGAAGUAGAAGAGGCACACCUUCCAGCACAAUCAGUAACGGGAAACCCGGACGUCCCGAAUUAAGAGAAACAGCCUCGGUCCCCUUAGAAUCUACGCCGCCGCCUCAUCUAAAAGAUAUACCACCAGCAGAAUCUGCGCCGGCCCUUCCCUCAACACCAUUGCAGAGGCCCGUCCAGGAUGUUCCUACUCCGGUACCUGCGAUCGCAAAACCUGAUCACAAAUUUGCUAAGACAUUGCGGUUAACAUCAGAUCAACUCAAAUCUCUGAACUUGAAGUUAGGUCCCAAUACGAUAACCUUUUCGUUGUCCAUGACUGGUGCUAUUGCAUGUACUGCACGCAUAUUCCUGUGGGAAUCGACUGACUUGGUCGUUGUGUCUGAUAUCGAUGGGACAAUCACGAAGUCUGAUGGGCUAGGCCACGUCUUUGCGAUGAUAGGGCGCGAUUGGACACACCUUGGGGUGGCAAAGCUCUACACGGAUAUUUGCCGGAAUGGGUACAAAAUCAUGUAUUUAACUUCGAGAGCGAUAGGGCAGGCGGAUUCUACCAGGGAUUAUUUGAAGGGCAUCAAGCAGAAUGAUUACCAGCUUCCCGAAGGACCUGUCAUCAUGAGUCCUGACCGGUUAAUGGCGUCGUUGCAUAGAGAGGUUAUCAUGCGAAAGCCGGAAGUGUUCAAGAUGGCUUGCUUGAGGGACAUUCAGCGUCUCUUCGGUGAGGCGUCAUCAAGAAGUACCUUCUAUGCAGGGUUUGGGAACCGGAUUACGGACGCCAUGUCUUAUCGAAGUGUGAACGUGCCUAGUUCACGAAUAUUUACUAUCGACUCGACUGGUGAGGUUAAAUUGGAGCUCUUGGAGCUGGCGGGGUACAAAUCCUCCUAUAUCCACAUGACUGAUCUUGUUGACCAAAUGUUCCCGCCUAUUCAUCGCAAAUGGGCUCCGGAAUUCACCGAUUUCAACUACUGGAAAACACCGGUCCAAGAUUAUCCGCUUCCAGACCUCUCACCUCCUUCUCCUGCGUUGAGUGCUCGUUCUGAUACAUCGAACCAGAGCGCAUUAGCUCGACUGCGCAACUUUAGCCUUGUGGGAGGUAGACAAGCCAACGUGCACAGAUCAGUGGCCUCCAUCUCAUCCUCACCGACUCGGAGGGAAUCCUCACCGGAAGGCGACCCAGAGCAUCAUUUGAGGCAGAUGUCAUCAUUUGAGAAGCUUAGCAGUACGUUUGGGUUCUCAGGUUCGUCGAGACGGAGCGUGAGUCCGGAUUCGAUGUCCUCGGUGACAUAUGCAGAGUCGGAGGACGACUCUGAUGCGGAAUAUGAUGACGGGACAGGGAGACAGAAAAAGCGGGCGCGGAGGCGGAGUAUGAGUAGUAUACCGGGCGCUUUGGAUGACAUGCACUUUGAGCUUGAUGAACGGGAGGACGACGGUGCUGCGGACGAACAGGAUGAAGAAUUCGAUGGGGAUGGAGGGAUAGUGGCUGAUGAGGAGGCGGAAGAGGACGCGUUUGAUGAAGAUCUCUUGGCAGCUGGAGAAAUGAAGAAUGUCCCUUUCCUAUAGAUCCUUAUACAGCGUAGAGUACUAUUACAUAUAUUUAUAAUUUGCCGUUUGGCGUACUGUGAGACUUAUACAAGGUGC